AUGGAGUAUUAUUCAGAUGCAAACAACUAUGACUUUUCUCCUCAGUCAAAGUCUAAUACGAACUAAACCCAGUUCGAUAAUGAUUUCUCUGGAUGGGACCGUACGUAGCAAAAUUUUUACAAAGACAAUGCUGAAGAUGGAAACAUUUCAUCUAAGAAGUAAUUAAAAAAUGAGAAAGAUAAGCAGGCUACAUUUGCCAAGCCUGUUGUUGAAGUAAUAAAGAGAAGUGAACAAGCACCUAUUGUGGCGAAAGCAGAAGUUAAGCAAACACCAAGAAGGAACAGAUUUGAAGAGGAUACAGUGUAUCACUACUCUUUCAAAAAGUUUGUACCUAUAUUCUUUGAGAGAAAGAAAUCGAAGUAUAUAACUAUUAAAGAUGAGAAGGCAAAGUAAGCUGAGAAAUCUAUCCAAGCAAAUGAUAAUGAUGACUAAGAAAAUGAAGAUAUUAAUCCUAAGAAUGAGGAUUUAGAGACAAUCGUAAAUGAACAAGAAAACGACUAUGACUAUGAUAAUAAUUUUGAGUCGUAAAAGUAUCUUCAAUCUACGAAUGUCAAGUUCAGAGUAAUUAGCCCGGACAGAGAGUAAACUGUCAACACAGUCUCUGAUUACAUCUCUUAAGAAAGAUAUCUCAACUUUAAUACUGAGAGAUCAAUUGAAAAUGGCAUGAUUAAUAUAAAGAGUUUUGACAAGGAUACUCUUAAAGUUAACCCCUAUAAGAAUAGUAAACGAAGGCGAAUUCAGUUACCAAUGGCUUCAAAUGAAAAAAGCUAUAAAUACUUGCAGAAGAGUGUAGAUCAAAACUAGUUUAACAAUAGCACAUAUUACAGCAAUAUCAAUAAGUUUAUAAAUCCAAGCAUGGGAGGUAGUAAUAUCUAGAAUACUACAACCCUCAGUGGAAAUAGCAAUAAUUACAGCAAUAACCCAAACAUAGUAAAUACCACUCUGAAUAGCUUAAAUUAUCAGAAUAGCUCUAAUUAAAGCUAGACUUAAUCUACUAUUUUGGAAUCACUACCUAAAACUAAGUUCAGGAAGUACGAAAGGCACUCAUUGACCAAGAAGAAUAGCACAACUGGUAGAGAUGAGUUAAAGAAGUAACUAGAUGAAUCUAGACUUUAAUAGCAAUCUUCAGAUAUCUAUGAUAAGCUUUUAAAUAAACUUAGAAAAACUGAAAGAACAUCUAUGGUGAUAGACUCUUAGAUUUAAGCUCCUUCAAUAUCAAACACUAACUAGCUACUAACCCUUAAUUUAGUAAACACUCAAUAUGCUAAGAUCAAAAGACCAUCUUAUAAAACUAACUCAAUAAAAUCAGAGUAGUCUUAGACUAGUUCUUACACAUAGGUAGCCCAGAGUGUAUAAUUCCCUUAGAUAAAAGAUUCAAAUCGUUUGCUUAGUCAUAAAAACAAUGUCUACCUGAAGGCAUAGAGUACCAAUAAGCAAAAGGAAGUUCAUGAUUAAUGCUGGCUAUCUGGACUCGGCUGGAAAGAACAACUAAAUAUACAUAUGAGAGUGAAUAACUUUGAAAAACUUACUGCUAGAUAACUAUACAGAGGAAUAUUGAAAAAUGUGAGACAUUACCCAAGCAGAAAUAGGGAAAUGAUGAGAGAAGCAAUCCUUGAAGAUGCUAAGGAGUGGAGAUAGAUAAAUGAUGAACUGGAAAAGAAGAAAGCUAUCAAGAAAAUGAGAAUGCUUUACGCUCAUUUUCUUCUAUAUCAAUAAAAGAUGGAAGAAUUGACAUCUGAUUCUGAUGCAAUAGAUAAACACGUGGGCUUUACUGACUUGAAUAGAAAAAAGGAUGAAGACUUCGUCUAUUUCUGA